AUGGAGCACACACAGGUCGCUGUGUUGAUCCUCAUGCAAAGCGUGAUUGCUGUGGCUGCAACGAUGACAACAACAGGCCUGACCCCUCAUAACACCCUUGCGUAUCUGACUCAGCCUAGCAAGACGACUGGUGGCCUGCACACUCCCCCAAAGCUCUUUGCCAAUGUGUCCGGCUCUGUGGAUGACAAGGGAACUUGUCAAUGCUCUGUGUACUUGCCGGAUACCACCUUUCCAGUGCAGAAGGCCGAGCAAUUGGAAAUUAUAGCCACAACGCUCUCGGAGAAAUUUGAGUUAGAGCUUUCUCAAGUUAGAGAGUACUCAAAAAUGAUUGAACUGUAUCAGCAGCAAAUCCUUAAUCUAACCAUCAAAGUGGAGCAUAUGGAGAAGAGCAGUGUAUCUUACACAGAACUGGACUUCCAGUUACUGAAAGUGGAAAUCAGUGACCUAGAGAGACUGGUCACUCAGCUGAAAUCCAGCCUUGUUGGGAGCAAUGUCAUCGUUGAGCAAAUAUAUUUGGAGAUCACAAACCUGACUAUACUGGUAAACGAACUAGAAUCACUGGACAAAAACAAUGUCCUUGCAAUUCGUCGACAAAUUGUGUCUCUGCAGAAUCGAUUGAAAGAGGGUGAAGAGAACGCAAACAAAACUACAGUACCCCCUUAUUUCCCACCAGGUAGCUGCAUUCACCGUGGACUGCUGAAUGUUAGCCAGCCCUAUAUUGUAAAGCUGAACUGGAGAGGAUUUUCCUACAAAUAUGGUUCCUGGGGUAGAGAUUAUUCUCCCUCUGACCCAGAGAAGGAAGUCUAUUGGGUUGCACCAUUGAACACAGACGGGAGAUACUUGGAAUACUACAGAAUUUAUAGUUCCUUUGAUAAUUUGCUGCUGUUUAAACCCAUGUAUGAAAGCAGAAUAACAUAUGGGGAAGGAAGUGGUGCUGCCCUUUAUAAUAAUUUUUUGUACUACCAUGCUUAUAGUUCAAGACAUAUGGUGAAGCAUAAUUUAAAAACAAACACCAUGGUUUUGAGAAAGGAGCUUCCAAAUGCUGUUACUGGUAAUCGUUUCUCUUAUGCAGGUGUAUCAUGGCAAGACAUAGAUUUUGCUGUGGAUGAAAGUGGGUUAUGGGUAAUAUAUUCAACGGAAAAUAGCAUGGGCAACAUUGUGAUUAGCAAACUCAAUGAGACCACACUUGAUGUGCUAAAUACUUGGCAGACGAGACAGUACAAGCCAUCUGUUUCCAACGCUUUCAUGUUAUGUGGUGUUCUGUAUGCCACAAGGCCAAUGAACACUAGGAAAGAGGAAAUCUUCUACAUGUAUGACACGAGUACUGGCCAGGAAGGGAGAAUAAGUGUCAUUAUGGAUAAAAAGUUAGAUACAAUCCAGAGCAUUGAUUAUAACCCCACAGACCAGAAACUGUAUGUUUACAAUGAUGGUUACCUUCUAAGAUAUGAUGUGACCUUUCAGCCUUAG